GGAGGAACCGGGGGAUGGGGGGGAGGCCCGGGCGGGGUUUGGGGGUCCCGGGGGGUCCCGGGGGGGUCCCGGAUCCGCCAUGGCCGCCCGGAGCUUCCUCCUCAUCCUCCUCAUCUUCCUCAUCCUCCCGCUGCCGCCCCCGGCCGCCACCGAGACCCCCGGGCCGGGCUGCCGCCUGCGCCGGGUCCCGCUGCCCCUGCCGAGAGGGGCGGAGCGAUGCCGCUCGGGGGGCGUGGCCUGGCUAGGCGCAUGCGCGGGGCACUGCGAGUCGAGCGCCGGCCCCGCCCCCCUCGCGCUGCUGGAGGCCGGAGGGCGGAGCCUGCUGGCGCAGGCGCGGUGCUGCACCAUGGAGCACGUGACACGGGUGCAGCUCACCUUGCGCUGCCCGGGCGGGUCCCGGCGGCUCCGGACGGUCUCGGCCACGUCCUGCAGGUGCGACCUGUGCCGGGGGGGCCGCUACUGACCGGAGUGACCGGAACCGACCGGGACCGACCCAGGACCGAACCGGGACUGACACGGGACUGCCCCCAAAAAUCCUUUAUUGACACAAAAAUCUUUUAUUGCUGGCUAA